UUGAAAUCCUGUCCGAUUGACAACACUAAUUUUCCGCCAGUUUACAAUCACUUUUCCCACACAAAUGUAGCAAACGGCAUAGCUUUAUCCGGUAUCUGACCGCUGUUCGGUCGCUGGACAAAUGAAUUUCUCUUGUGUGACUUUUAUGCCGAUGCUGUGGAUAAUUACGGGAUUUCUCGAUGGAUCCACGGCAAUCAAAUGGCUUUCGCUCCAUAAGCUGAAUAUUUCAUGGAGCUCUGGAUAUAACUAUUAUUUAUGCCAUCAAGCAUUCAAGUUCCGCGCUCUGGAUAAAGGUCAAAAGUAUUACUGCAAGCGCUAUUUCGAAACUAUGCCGUACAUUGUCUCAUCAGCAAAAGAUACAAGCACCGCCUGCCAGCGCCAAUUUUUUUAUCAGCGCUGGAACUGUUCAUCAGUCGAGAAAGCACCCAACUACCGCAAUGAUCUGAAAUUGGGAACCAGAGAGCAAGCAUAUUUAUCGGCGUUGUCGGCGGCGACGGUCGUUCAUACGAUUGCCAAAGCGUGCGCAGCCGGGUUUUUACAGAACUGCAAUUGUGGACCUAUGCCAAAUGAGCCACCGGCUACUGAUUUCAAAUGGGGCGGUUGUGGAGACGACGUGUCGUACGGAAUGAAAGUGGGAAGAUUUUUCACUGAUAUUCCUUACAACCAGAACUUCCAGCUAAGCCGGAGCAGCAAACAGCUCAAACAAUUGUGGAAAAAGAAUCGACUGACCAGAGCCGCUUUAAGCUUACAUAAUCAACACACCGGAAGGAGGAUGGUGGCCGAUAGUCUGACCCGGCAUUGCAAAUGUCACGGAGUAUCAGGAUCAUGUCAAAUUCGUACCUGUUGGAAAAGUUUGCCGCCUAUGAAAGAAAUUAGCCAUCGAUUAUUCAGGAAUUAUAAACGUGCCGUCGAGGUUCGUUAUCAGAGCAACAGCGCCAGUUUUGAGCCUUUAUUCCCACUCAUAUCCGCACCGACAUCUGAUACUCUACUGUACACAGCCAAAUCGCCAGAUUACUGCAAUGCAGACGACCGAUUCGGGUCUAUGGGCACCAAAAAUCGACUCUGCAAUGCCACCAGCAGCGGUCCAGAGAGCUGUAAAACCAUGUGUUGCGGACGCGGCCAUUACAGUUAUAUGAUGCACGUUCCAGUCACUUGCAACUGCAAGUAUAUCUGGUGUUGUCGUGUUGAAUGUAAUACAUGUCAGCAGUGGGUCCAUGUAACACGAUGUAAAUAAUAAAACAAACAAGAAUGAAUCUGAAUUCCUAUUCAUUCUUGGACGUUUUGCUCCGCACCAGCUCACGAAACUGCGACAAAAUCUUAUUCUCACGCUUUUGACGUUCUUCUUUGUCGAACAUUUCCAAAGCGCGCUUUUCAUCAGCACUGUAAAUUUGGUUCUCUUUUCGUAAACGCACCGCUUCCAUUCGGCGAUGUCUGCAA